GUUGGUGCAUCAGGAAUCUGGCUCUCCAAAGUGAUGGACCUCCCUCGCUCUCUCUUCUUCUUCUAUAGUACACAUUGUUUUACUGGUGCCAUUUGAAUUGAACAGAGUUGAACAUUGUUGAGAAUCGGACAUCAACCAGUUGUACAAAAGUAGCAGCAGCAGCAAUAAUAGCGUGAGAAGUAAAAAGUGGCUGGGAAGACUCAGUAUAGUGUUACCAGUGAUCGUGACAUUAGUGAAAAUAUAAAAAGUAAUAUAAGAAUCGGUAGAGAAAAAAAACAAGUGAAGUGCCACAUAGAAUAUAAGAAUGAAAAAUAUUUUUGAAAAUUCACUGCAAGGUAGUCAAUGAAUAAAUCAUGUAUUAAAUCAAUAAAAAAGUCGAAUAUUAAAAAUGAAUGAUUUUUAAUAGAACAAAUGAAAAUUUAGCAUAUUUUUUUUUCGGUGUCUCAAUAAUGAGUGUAACAUAGUGUUUUCUAUUGAAGAGAGUUCAUAAUAAAAUGGCAACAAAGACGCAAUCAACAGCACGGCCAUCUUCGCCGCGACGAUUUUUCGCAAGAAUUUAUGGUCACUUAGAGUCGAAAGACUCAAAAGAUUCCAAGGACGAUGAUUCAACAGAGAUUUUAGGAUCCAGAACAGAUUCACCAGGUUCCCCAAGUGAUUCCGGUACACCGGAGAACGCGGAAACCUCCGAAGGGUUAAUACCCAAACCGGAAGGAUGUGCAAGAGUGUCCCAGGAGGAUGAAAGAAGACCUGAAAGAACGACACUUGGUCUACCAGGAUUGAGUUUACCUUUUUUGUCGCACGGAUUCUUUCCUGGCGGCCCUACGCACCCUCUCACGCACCUGACGCAUGUCGGACCUCCUCCGCCUCAUCUUCACGGUUUACCGCCUUUGGGAUCCGAAGCUCAUUUUCAUGGUUUCUCCGCUUUUCUGGCUCGUCGAAGAAGAAAGGAGGGUCGACCCAGGAGGCAGAGGACGACGUUCAGCGGGGAACAAACUCUUCGCCUGGAAGUGGAGUAUCGCCGUGGUGAAUACAUAUCACGAGGUCGAAGAUUCGAAUUGGCAGCGUCUUUGAGGUUAACGGAGACUCAGAUAAAGAUAUGGUUCCAGAAUCGUAGAGCCAAAGAUAAGAGAAUCGAAAAAGCACAGCUGGAUCAGCAAUACCGCAACUUCGCCAUGUCUACAGGACUGGUGAAUUUUCCAGUAUACGGAAACGCCGGCUUUUGUGGACUUUGCCUCUACAAGGAUACUGUCGGUGGUAUUGCUGGACACACGUGCGCCGCCCAUACAUCCGCCGGAAGUACAGAACUGGCACAGCCCAGCAGUAGCGGUAGUGAAACGUCAGAUAAUCCACCGACGGCCGUCUCACCGAUGUAGGACUCUUCCCGAAGGACUUUCACAAACUGGAACCAGAAGCUAGCGAAGGCGUCUGAUAAUCGAGGGAGAAAAAUACAACCAAAGACGUAGAAAGUAUUAUAUGAUUUAUUUAAAGAAUUUUUAAAAAAGAACACGCUACCGUACACGAGGUAUUAAUUAUAUAAUAUAUAAAAAAUUCAAGAAUCCCUGACAUAUGUAUUAAUAUUUCAUUGUAAAACGAUAUCACGUGUUGUCAUUAACAAGGGAUGCAAUAUGGCGAGGAAAUAAUUAUAAUAAAUUAAUUUAUUGUAUCUAAAGCCAAGUUAAAUACUUAAUCCCGUUUACCUGCAUCCACAAAAAUCUUAUACAUUGAUUAACAAUUUGUAGCCAUAUUACAUCGUUAAUUAAUCCUAGUAGCUUAUAUCGAUGGAAGGUUUGUAAAAAAAUGACAUAAAACGCUUUAUUACAACUGAAAGAAAGUUUAUUAGUUUUGACAAUGGUAUAUCGGUAUUUUCAUUAAAAAAAUUUAUAACAAAUGUCUCAACGCUAUCGGCAAAUAGUUACAUUAUGUCGAAUCAACGAAGACGAAUUAAUCGUGAAUCCGUAAUAAACAAGGCGUACAGUAAUACGAUUUAUCGAGCAUGCAAUAAAAAUACGUAUAAGUUACAGAUUUAAUCGCAUAGCCUAUUUAAAGCUACGUCAUACAGUUACACGAUAAUGGUAUACAGGGUGUAUAGAAAGAAAAAAAGAAAAAAAAAGUGAAGGAAUUCGCACUUACGCAGACUUACCUCCAACGGCGGUUGAACGCAGCUUAGGUAGACGGGCAACGGGGGUUCGUUCUCGUCGUAGACGGGCCAAACGGUAAACCAG